AUGCCGAAGAUACUUGAGAAUGAAUGCUCAUUCUCGAUCUUCCCGGUAAAAACGUUUGACCACUUGUUGCUCUUUCACAUUACGCUAAAGAGAACGAAUUUCUCGCAUUCCAUUUCAUCGGCAUUUACUAUUCAUUAAAAUGAGCAAACCAGUUGCAGAUAUUGCCCUCAUUGGCUUAGCCGUCAUGGGGCAAAAUUUAAUCCUAAAUAUGAACGAUCAUGGAUUUGUUGUUUGUGCAUAUAAUCGUACAACGGAUAAAGUAAAAUCUUUCCUACAAAAUGAAGCUAAAGGCACAAAAGUCAUUGGUGCAUAUUCCUUAAAAGAAAUGGUAGAUAAAUUAAAAUCUCCAAGGAGAGUAAUGCUUUUAGUUAAAGCUGGUGCUGCCGUGGAUGCAUUUAUUGAACAGUUGGUUCCUUUACUAUCCCCCGGAGAUAUUAUUAUUGAUGGCGGUAAUUCUGAAUACCAAGAUACUGAAAGACGAACUAAAGAUUUAGAACAGAUAGGAAUUUUAUUUGUUGGUAGUGGAGUUAGUGGCGGUGAAGAUGGUGCUAGGUAUGGACCGUCUUUGAUGCCAGGUGGAAAUCCAAAAGCUUGGCCACAUAUUAAACACAUCUUUCAGUCGAUAUCUGCAAAAUCUAAUGGAGAACCGUGUUGCGAUUGGGUUGGAGAAACAGGUGCAGGGCACUUUGUAAAAAUGGUACACAAUGGUAUUGAAUAUGGUGAUAUGCAACUUAUUUGUGAAGCAUACCAUAUUUUGAGGAAUGGUUUGAACCUUAAACCAGACGAGAUGAGUAAAGUCUUUGAUGAAUGGAACAAAGGAGAACUAGAUUCAUUCUUAAUUGAGAUCACUCGAGACAUUCUUAAAUACAAGGACGCGAAAGGUUAUUUGCUUGAGCGAAUUAGAGAUACAGCUGGUCAAAAAGGAACUGGCAAAUGGACAGCUAUUGCUGCAUUAGAGUAUGGAGUUCCUGUAACGCUAAUUGGUGAAUCAGUUUUUGCCAGAUGUCUUUCUGCACUGCAAAGUGAGAGAAUAGAUGCAAGUAGCAUAUUAAAGGGUCCAGAUGCUGUAUUUCAAGGUGAUAAAACACAGUUCUUGGUGCAUUUAAAGAAUGCUCUGUAUGCAUCCAAAAUUAUUUCCUACGCACAAGGAUUUAUGUUACUACGGGAAGCUGCAAAAGUUCAUAAUUGGAAUUUGAAUUAUGGUGGUAUAGCUCUUAUGUGGAGGGGAGGAUGUAUUAUAAGAAGUGCAUUUUUGGGAAAUAUAAAAUCAGCAUUUGACAAAAAUCCAAAACUUUCCAAUCUAUUGCUCGACGAUUUCUUCGCUAACGCGAUGAAGGAAUGUCAAGCCAGUGCUAGAGUAGUAGUGUCCACUGCCGUAACACUUGGUAUACCAACUCCUGCUUUGUCAACUGCUCUUGCUUUCUAUGAUGGCUAUAGAACUGCUCGACUACCAGCCAAUUUACUUCAAGCUCAACGGGAUUAUUUUGGAGCUCACACUUAUGAAUUACUUAAUCAAGAAGGAAAAUUUGUACACACAAAUUGGACAGGACAUGGUGGUAAUGUCUCUGCUUCCACGUACGAUGUAUAACAAUCAAAACAUUUUUUGUAACAUUUUAUAAGAGAUUGUAUAUAUGGUGCGAUAUUAAGGUUACUAUUAUGGUUAAAAGAUAGUUUAAUACAUGUUAUAUAUCAUAAUGUAUGAAUUAUGAAAAAUUGAUAAAAAAUAUUUAUGUUGAAAACACACAGUUUUGU